ACCUACCCCGGCUUGUGGGAAUCACACACAACUCAGAUCCCCAAAAGAUUCAAGAGCUUUUGAAUGCUCAGGGAGUUGUACAUAAGCUUAAAUCAGCUCUGAUCUGCUUCAUUCACAUUCACUGUCAGCGCUAGUGAGGAACAUCAUGUUUCUUGUCUGGACUCUCAGCUUUCUGAUCCUCAGCUACACUCUUGGGCUUCCCAUGCUUAAUAGCACAAGUGUAUCUCACAUGGAGACUUUUCCUAAUGUUACAGAGAGCAACUCCACCGAGUAUAUUAAGACCAAUCUGACGAACAGGAUGCAAAAAAGGCCUGUCACCCGACGUUGUUUUCUGUCCACUUGUUCCUUGUUGAACCUGGGGUCAAGGCUACAGGCUGGAGAUGAGAUUGCUGGGGACCUGACCAGGGAUCCAAUGGGAAUUGGCAAGAAGUGAAGCAUGAUCCAGUGGUGUUCUGACUGACUUUAACAGGAUGUUGCACUAAUGCAUUACAGUGGAGUGAUGUGCUCAGAUAUAUAUUAGGCUUGUUUUAAUAUUCUGUGAAAACAGGAUUUAUGCAUGUUGUGUAUAGGCAAGAAACACCCAGAAUCUUAUUCUCUUACUGUAGUGUUGUGAUGCUUUUUUUAUUUCUGUAAGAAUAAUUGUAGUGAAAUCCUGCUAGUUAUUUCUGUCCAGUCUUGCAGACAUUUAAAAAAAAAAUUUUUUUGUGAAACUUUGCCCAUUAUAUGGAAAAUGGAACAGCAUAUUAUAUUGCAAUUUUGUAUAUUUUUAUUACAAAUUAUGUGUAUAAGUACUCCGGUAUUUGCAGUUGUUUAUUGUGUGGUUUGAGUAUGUUUUCCUGUGCAUUGUGAAUUAAAGACUAUUUAGAUCAAAUUUCUUUGCCUU